CGGAUUUACACCAUGUGGUUCAGUUAUGUAAUCAUAAGAAUAAACAGUCAAGAGACUGAUCCUUAGGAUCAGUGGGGAAGCAACAAAAUAAUUACUUCAACUAGACAACUAUACCACAACUUUUUUAACACAGAGUUUGGUUACUGCAGCAGCAGCGAAAGUUGACGGAUAAAGCAUGCAGGCUAUAUUUGCAAAGAACGGAUCUGAAACUCCUGUACCUGUCAAGGCAGAAAUAAAAGGUGCUGUUCCUGAGUGGCUACAAGGGACUUUGCUGCGUAAUGGACCCGGCAAGUUCACAGUGGGGGAUAUGGCCUACAACCAUUGGUUUGAUGGCAUGGCCUUAAUUCACAGCUUCACCUUCAAAGAUGGUGAGGUCUAUUACAGGAGUAAGUUCCUAAACAGUGAAACUUACAAGAAAAACACAGGAGCCAACCGGAUAAUUGUGUCUGAAUUUGGGACGAUGAUCUACCCAGACCCUUGCAAAAAUAUAUUUUCUAGAACAUUCAGCCACCUAUGCAAAAUCAUCCCUGACUUCACAGAUAACAACCUAAUAAACAUCAUUAGGUAUGGUAAAGAUUACUAUGCCUCAUCAGAAGUUAACUACAUCAAUCAAAUUGACCCCAUGACCUUAGAAACAGUUGGAAGGACCAACUACAGGAACCACAUAGCUCUGAACCUGGCCACAGCACACCCUCACUAUGACGAGGAGGGGAACACGUACAACAUGGGCACUGCUCUCAUGAGUUUUGGCAGGCCCAAGUACGUCAUCUUUAAGGUGCCAGCUGAUGCUUCAGAUAAAAACAAUAAGAAGCCCGCUUUGAGAAAGUUGGAACAGGUGUGCUCCAUUCCCUUCCGCUCCACCCUGUUCCCCAGCUACUUCCACAGCUUUGGCAUGACGGAAAACUACAUCAUUUUCGUCGAGCAGCCUUUCAAACUGGACAUUCUCCGUCUGGCAACAGCUUACUUCAGAGGGGUCAACUGGGGCAGCUGCCUCAAAUACGACAAAGAAGACACUACGCUGAUCCACCUGGUCGACAGGAAGACGGGCAAGAUCGUGUCAACCAAGUUCUACACCGACGCUCUGAUGGUGUUCCACCACGUCAAUGCCUACGAGGACGAGGGGCAUGUGGUUUUCGACAUGAUCAUCUACGAAGAAAGCAACAUCUACGAAAUGUUCUACAUUCAGAACAUGACACAGGAGACCAGCCAGUUCGUUGAGAACAACAAGAGCUUCUCGCCACCCAUUGUUCAGAGAUUUGUCCUGCCUUUGAACGUGCAGAAGGACACUCCUACAGGAACUAACCUGGUGACACUUUCAGAUACAACUGCCACAGCAGUAACCCAGAAAGAUGGCUCUAUCUACUGUGGUUCUGACACUGUGUUUGAGGGUUUGGAGUUACCGGGGAUCAAUUACAAAUUCAAUGGCAAGAAGUACCGUUACUUCUAUGGCUCAAGGGUGGAGUGGUCUCCACAGCCAAAUAUGAUUGCAAAGGUGGACACUGUGACCAGGAAGCAUCUGUUUUGGACACAAGACAACUGCUACCCUUCAGAGCCUGUCUUUGUGGCUUCACCUGGAGCUGUGGAGGAGGAUGAUGGUGUAAUUUUGUCCUCGGUUAUAUCCUCCGAUCCAAAGGAAUCCUCCUUCAUGCUUGUACUCAACGCGAAAACCUUUGAAGAAAUAGCUCGAGCCUCCAUUGAUGCCAGUAUUCACAUAGAUUUGCAUGGGCUCUUCAUCCCUGCUCAGGACUGACCAACAUGCACAGCAGGGGGCAGGAUUGCACUAUAAACAACAGUAAAACCUCAAAGUGAAAGUCUUCUUUAUUUCAGGGCUUGAGCGUCGUUGAUGCUAGUUACCAAGAAAUACACGAGAAAACAAUAUCUUUGAAUCAUAUUAUUGGACAUACUGUACCCAAAAGAAGAAGUAAUCCAUUCAUUUAUCAGAUACCCUCAAUGCCUACACAAUAAUAAUGUGUGUUUCUUUAUUGUUCUAUUUAUUCUACAUAAAAAUAGUGAUUGGGUGAUAGAUCAUGAUAAAUAGUGAUACAUUAUGGAGAAACAGGGUUAAGAAUUCGAUACUUGUGUUAUUCUAAAUAUGUGAUAAGUAGUUUUUCCUUUGACAUGUACUUAUGUGAACAUGAUCAUCAUAUUCCUAUUCCCCCUGGUAUUUACAUCAUACUUUAUGCCAGAUUGCCUUGUUAAGAAAACAGCCCUCCAGUUGAAAUAAGACUGUUUGGCUCAAACUUACCACAAGGGAAGGAACAGACUCAACAUAUUUUGACAAACAAUAGCAGACCGUGCAAAAUAAAUCUACUAGGCU